AUGAAGUUAUCAGCUAUUAUUGGUUUUAUCUCAGCUGUACAUGCUGCUACAACUUCAUAUAUCAUUACAAUAGAACAAACUGAUGUUCCUUCUAGCUUUUUAGAUUCUCUCAAGGAAAAGGUUCAUGAUGUUGGUGGGUACGUAACCCAUGAAUUCUCCCUAAUCAAAGGAUUCACUGCAGAACUAGACGAUACAGAAGUUUCUAAACUACAGGGUCAAAUCAAGCAAGCAGAACUAAAAUCUGGCUAUUCUGUUCACAUUGAAAAAGAUUCUGAAGUUCAUACUUUUGCAAGACAUGAACAUUAG